AUGAGUUUAAAAAAUGAAACUAAUGAAAACAUUUUAUGUGGAGGUGAAGAUAUAUCAGCUCUUGUUGUUGAUUUGGGAUUUAAUACCUCGAAAAUAGGGCAUAAUCAAGAGGACACUCCGAGAAUAUUUUUGAAUAGCAUAUGUGGAGAGAAUAUUUAUGAGGAAGAAAGAAAUAUAAGUGAAUUAGAAAAAAAAAAUUAUUAUAAGAAAUUAAAAUUUCCUUUGAAUUUAUAUAAUAGAAAUGAAAAUGUAAGAAUAAAACCGUUAUUUGAUCGUGAUAAGUCAAAUAAUGUAAUAUUAAAUAGUGACGUAUUUGAGAGAAUAUUAGAAUAUUCUAUUGAAGGAGUAGAAGUGAAAAGAAUAUUUGAGUGCACUGAUGAAAUAAUAAAUCCUAUUAAAUUAGGUGGACUAAAUUUAAAAUUUGAUGAACAUCCAAUUUUGUUAUCAGAAUCAAAUAUACAUAAUAAUAAAAUAAGAGAACAAAUAACAGAAUUAUUAUUUGAAAAAUAUAAUGUUCCUGCAUUAUAUUUUGCAAAAAAAGCAAAAUUAACAUCUUUUAGUUUAGGUAGAUCAAAUUCAUUAGUUAUUGAUAUUGGAUUUAGCUCAUUAAAUAUAAAUCCAGUUUAUGAAGGAUAUGUUUUACAAAAAAAUUCAUUUGAAUAUAAUGUUGGUGGUGAUUAUUUUGAUAAGUUAAUAUAUGAUAAAUUAAAAAAAGAUAAUAUUAAUAUUAUUCCAUAUUUUUGUAGUCAAAAAUAUAACGGUAUUGAUGUGUAUAAAAAUAUUCAUAGUUCAUACAAAGAAGAAGCUAUAUUAGAUAUUAUAAGAUACAUGAAAGAAAGUGUUUGCAAAAUACGUAUAGAAAAUGAUAUAAAAAGUAAAGAAAAUAAUAUAAAUAAUUUAAAAGGAAAUGAAAAUGAUAAUUUAAAUAAUAAUAUGAAUGAUCCUCCAAAAGAAGAAUUCUUUGAAUUACCUGAUGGAUAUAAAAUUAACGUAGAAAAAUAUAAAUAUGAUAUAGCUGAAAAUUUGUUUAAAAGUAUACCUUCAGAAAAUAAUUUUAAAGGAUUACCUCAAAGUAUAAUUAACUGCGUUAUUUCAACAGAUGUUGACAUAAGAAAGGAUUUGCUUCAAUCAAUUAUAUUAACAGGUGGAUCUUCUUUAUUCCCAGGUCUAGUGGAAAGGUUAUUUAAUUCAUUAAGAGAAAAAGAGUGUUUUAGUCAAUCUCUUAAAUUAAAAAUAUUAAAUAUGACAUCACUGGUAGAGAAUAAAUAUUCCUCUUGGUUGGGAGGAUCUAUUUUAGCUAGCUUAGGAACAUUUCAACAAUUAUGGAUAUCUAAGAAAGAAUAUCUUGAUUAUGGUCAUAAAAUUAUUUUUGAUAGAUGCUUUUAA